GAGGCACCUCUAUAUAUUCUUUCUUGCAAAGGCACUGCCUUCCUUCCGCCAUUAAAGACACUCUUCUCAAUCUUUCAUACGUUCACCGGAUUCUCUACUCACAGAGUCACAGACAAGGCAGUAGUACCCACUACCCAGACAUAUUUCUUUGCAUUGUACUAUGUCAAACCUCGUAUGGUUACAACGUUAAGCAGAUACAUACAUUCAUCAUUGCUUUUGCUAGAGAGAGAGAGAGGGAGGGGAAAGAGUUGAAUUGUGGGAUAUGAGUCGUCUUGCGCCAUUAUCUGAAGUGCCCAAUGGGGACGAAGCGGAGGAGAUGUCUACCAACUGUUCGAAGAAAUCCCAGACCUGGAGAAACUGGCUCAGAACCCACUUGUCUCUGUUCUUUAUCCACAAGAAAUCUCACCUCAGAAUCCUUCUCAGCGUUCUUGCCUGCCCUCUCUUCCCUGUUUCUGUUCUCCCCAAGCUUCCCAUUUCUCAAGUUUCGUCAUCAGCGGAGUACAUAAUCCAACACUUUGCAGCAGCAACUGGCUGCCGGAAGCUGGAAGGAAUGCUAAAGAAUAUGUAUGUUUCAGGGAAAGUUGCAAUGAGUAUGGUGGACGAGCUUGACUCAACUAGUUCAAAUGUUACGGAGAAGGGUUGCUUUGUUAUGUGGCAAAUGGUUCCCGAUAAGUGGCUAAUUGAGCUAGCAGUGGGCGGUCAUAAAAUAGUAGCGGGCAGUGAUGGCAGUGUGGCUUGGCGUCACACGCCAUGGCUUGGUGCUCAUGCUGCUAAAGGUGGUGUCCGACCACUUAGGCGUGCUUUCCAGGGGCUUGAUCCAAUGGCUAUAUCUGCUGUCUUCUCAGGAGCAGAGUACAUAGGGGAAAAACACAUCAUGGGCACCGACUGUUUCGUGUUAAAGCUUUACGCCAAUCACGAAGACCUUGCAGAAAGGAGCGAUAACACAGCAGAGAUGAUAAAGCAUGUGAUGUUCGGUUACUUCAGCCAAAGAAGUGGCCUGCUGGUUUGCCUGGAGGAUUCAUACCUAACGAGGAUUCAGUACCCCGGGUCCUCCCCUACGUACUGGGAAACCACAAUGUGUACAAGAAUGGAGGAUUAUCGGGGCGUGGAGGGGGUGAUGAUCGCGCAUUCAGGCUACUCCAGUGUUAUCAUCACUAGAUUUGGAGACAACUUGAGGCUGGGACCUGCCGUCACAAGAAUGGAAGAAAGUUAUGUGAUAGAUGAUUUGGCGUUUAAUGUCCCCGGCCUCUCCUUCGACUGCUUCAUUCCUCCUGAACAUUUGCAGAAGGAUUAUCCAGAAGAGCAUAUUGAGUUUUGGAGAUCUCCUUGGCAUCAAUAACACAACAACUCAGAGCCAUGGUUGAGUGUUUCUAGUUGGUGGAUGGCCAGAGGCCAGGAGGACCAACAUCCUUUUUCACAACUGCUACACGAUAAAAUCUUUUUUUUUUUUUUUUUUUUGGAUUUUUUACUACUGACCAUAGACUAUGCAAGAUCAAGAUAAGUUUUUUUUUUUUU